GUAUGUCAUGUGACUUUGAGAAACCUGCACAUGACUUCCAAGAUGACGGUGCGAGCGGUUGUGUUGUUAAUCUGCCUCACAGGAGUGCUGGCUGCUCCACAGAAGAAGGCCACACCACCAUCAUUUGGUAAAUCUUACACAGUGGCAGGAACUCUAAGUCUUCCCUAUGCAGAGCUGGAGGAGCCUUUCUUUGUGUAUUUUGAUGCAGCUGCAACAAAGAGCAAGAUUGAAAUGUACAAUGGAUUGACUGUGUCCAUCAUGAGGGGUGAUGUAGGACCCUAUGGCAGCAGCUUCAAGAUCGCUUACAUGACCACCGACACUGUGAUGAACAAGAAGUCAUGUUUCCAAGUCAAUGGGACCUCAGAUUCACCAGUGAAGUCCCAGUCUAUCCUCCCUGAUCUUACUGGAUUCCAGCUGAUCACACAAGGUAUGUCAUAUAAUGGGCAGACUGUGGAUGUUUGGCAGAAUGUCACAGUGAGAGGACAGAAGAAGAACACCUACACCUUCAUGGUAACUACUGGGUCUAAUCCAGCACCAGUUAGAUAUGAGAUGCGUGGUUAUGAUUCCCUGCUGGGCUCCCACUAUGACAAAUACUAUGUUGAUUAUAUGAACUUCAACAACAAGGACCCCAUUGAUCCAAAAAAGUUUGACCCACCACAAGGCAUGGCAUGCACAGGUUUUCCAGGCCCUGGUGCUGCAGAGGGCAGGGCCAUCAUGAACCCUAUGGCAGAGUACAUCAACAAUGAUGAUAACCAUAUCCGUGAAAUGUUUGAACAUUUCAAAACAACACACAAGAAAGAUUACAAGACCAUCCAUGAACAUGAGACAAGGAAAAUGUACUUCAGGAAAAAUGUGAGGUUCAUUCACUCCAAAAACAGAGCUGGCCUUGGGUAUAGUCUGGCUGUGAAUCAUUUGGCAGACAAGAGUGAAAAAGAAUUGAAAAUAAUGAGAGGUUACAGACACUCGAACGUCUACAAUGGAGGACUGGCAUUUAACAAGGCUCUGUAUAAAAACCAAGUCAGACCAGAUCAAAUGAACUGGAGGCUGAAAGGUGCUGUGACCCCUGUCAAAGACCAGGCAGUGUGUGGGUCAUGUUGGAGCUUCGGCACUGCAGGGACUAUAGAGGGCGCUUACUUCCUCAAGACUGGAAAUCUUGUGCGUCUGUCCCAGCAGGAGCUGAUGGACUGUUCUUGGGGUGAAGGGAACAAUGGCUGUGAUGGAGGUGAGGACUUCAGGUCGUACCAGUGGAUCAUGAAACAUGGCGGACUGACCACCGAGGAGAUGUAUGGCCCAUACCUGGCGGUGGAUGGUAUGUGUCACUAUAAGAAUGUCACCCCUGUAGCCGUCAUUAAAAGCUAUGUCAAUGUGACCUCUGGAGAUGCUGAAGCCUUGGAGAUGGCCAUCUUUAACAAUGGCCCCGUCUCCGUGGCUAUCGAUGCUGCCCACCUCUCUCUCUCAUUCUAUGCAAAUGGUGUUUACUAUGAACCCAAAUGUGGUAACAAGCCUGAUGACCUGGACCAUGCAGUGCUGGCUGUGGGGUAUGGCACCAUGAACGGACAGAGGUACUGGCUGAUCAAGAACUCCUGGUCCACAUACUGGGGAAAUGAUGGCUAUGUUCUCAUGGCUCAGAAGGACAACAACUGUGGAGUGACUACUUCACCAACAUAUGUUAAUUUAAAAUGAGCCAUGUUACAGUUUGCUGUGGUAAUUCACUACCACUCGUGAUAGUCCCUUGGACUGUGUUACAAUAUAGCUUUGUAAUAUCACCCUCCGAUUUUUAUCUUCAUAAUAAUGAAAUUAAUCAUUAAAAACUCAUCAUAUGCAUAUUUGCUUUCUGUAAAGAAAGUGACUCAUAAAAACUGGACAUUUUGUAAUUUUUAUCAUCCUUUGUAUUGAUAUUUUUCUGAAAACUCAGAUUUAUGUAAGUUAACUUUAUUGUUUUCAAGGUUUUGUUUUCUUGAAGAUAAAAGCACUGUAGCGGCUCUGUUUGAUAUUUGUUUAUCACAUGUAAAAUGAGAAAAGAUGCUGGUAUUAGACUUGUGAAGAUUCUUUUGUCUUUAG